GAAGGAAAACGGCAGGACUCCGGGUUGUGCAUCCGGAGUGCCGGAUACCAGCCUUGGUCAUUGACGGUUGCGGCGUGGGCUGAGAGGAGAGCUCUGAGGCUAUUGCUGGCGCGAAUCACUGCGUGUUACUGCGACCUCAAAGAUCCGUACACUCUGCACCGCCAGGAUCCGAUAUCUAUACAUCCCGGGAUUCUUGCUUGCCUGUUUUCUUCAAAAUGAGUGUCAGUAUCACCUUUUUAAGGCCUUUUGCAAGGCUUUUGGUGCCAUUCACCCUUCAUAGGAAGAGAAGGGAUCUAUGUUCAACAAUUCUACAGAGAUAUAUGUCUUCCAAAAUACCCACUGAGUUCCAUCCUAAUAAGGAAAGUACAUCACCUCCUGAACAGCUAGAAUUGGACGGGUGGAAAACUACAAUGAAAUCUAGCGUGCAAGAAGUUGUUUCAACAUUCUCAAGCAGCAAGGAUGAAGAUCCUCUAGCUGCCACCAGAGAGUUAAUUGAGAUGUGGAGAUUGCUUGGCAGAGAAGUACCAGAACACAUCAGUGAAGAAGAGCUCAAAACCAUUAUGGAAUGCGCUUCUAAAUCAUCAAAAACAAAAUAUUUAAAAUAUUUAUACAUUAGGGAAAAAAUGAAAAAAGCUAAGCAAAUAAAAAAAGAAAGGAAAGCAGCAGCAAAAGACGAAGCAAAAAACAACAAACUGCCAGAAACCACUGAGGAGGAAGAGAAACAGCAAAACUUUCUAUUUCUACGACUUUGGGAUAGACAUAUGAACAUUGCAAUGGACUGGAUUGGUGCCCAGGCCAUGCAGUUCGGACAACCUUUAGUUUUUGACAUGGCUUAUGAGGAUUUUAUGAAGCAGAGAGAACUGAAGAAUACUGUCUCGCAACUUUUAGAAAGUGAAGGAUGGAACAAAAGAAAUGUUGAUCCUUUCCAUCUUUAUUUCUGUAAUCUUAAAAUAGAUGGAGCUUAUUAUACAGAAUUAGUUAAACGUUAUGGAGAGAAGUGGGGCAAAUUGCUUUUAACAGCAACAGAAAAGUCUUAUCUGGAUUUCUUUCCAAAGGACAGUAUUAUCUAUUUAACAGCAGACUCACCCAACGUUAUGACUACUUUUAAGCAUGACAAGAUUUAUGUAAUUGGGUCUUUUGUUGAUCGGAAAAUGCAGCGAGGCACAACUCUAGCUAAUGCAAAACGGCUGAAGCUGGCAACAGAAUGCCUCCCAUUAGAUAAAUAUUUACAAUGGGGAUCUGGUAACAAAAACCUCACCUUAGACCAAAUGAUGCGUAUUUUGUUAUGUCUGAAAAACAGUGGCAGUUGGGAAGAGGCUCUUAAGUUUGUUCCUAGGAGAAAACAUUCCGGUUAUAUGGAGAUUCCCCAGAAUUCUCAACAGCUUGCCAAGACACUGAAGAAGUCAAAAGCUUUUAAUUCAUUUUCAAAAGGCUCUCUAAAUGUACACACAAAGAAAAGGUGGCUUGUAUGAAAAUGUUUGUAGCUUUAAAACCGUAAAUGGAUUGGAAAUACAGUUCUCUUGGUGUACUUUUUGAGUGGAAUGCACUUGCUCUAUUUUAAGGGUAGUCUUUCCAAACUAUGGUGGUGUGUCUUUUCCCAAUUCAUUAAAUAUCUGCAAAUCUUUGGAAAAAUAUUUUAUGUACUGUAAUAAAAACACUUAAUAAUCUGAGAAAGUAAAAUGAGUUGUCCAGGAUUGUUAAGCAGAAUAGGCUUUAAAUGACCCAGUAAAACAAUUAAAUUGUUGAUGUGCCUUUUUUUAAUGGAUGCUUUGACUCUCAGACUGUUUUCCUUCCUAAAUGUUUUAGGCAUGUUAACAACUACUUUUUCAUCCAAAAUUACUAUAGAAAAGAUUUCUAAACUUCAGGUAGUGGUUCACUUAUAAAAGUAACAUAUGUUACGAAAUGUGGACAUUUCAUAGGCAUUAAAGUAUAUUAUUUAAUUGAAUCACAGUUAAAACAAAAAGUUUGAGACAUCCCUUGACAUGCCAUGGGAUUUGGCUCUACUAUGAAAAAUGGAUUGGGGGAGGCAGUGCUUACUUCUUGUCUUUGAAAGAAAGAGUUUAUUUCCUUAGCGUUACUUAUGGCAUUUUCCCUGUUGUGUUGAUAACUUUCCUUUUCUAGAAAGUACUUCCUCUUUUUCUCCAGCCUUGUUGUUUGAAUGGAAGCUGUCGUAUUUUUGCAGACCUUGCUCCUCUGGCCACAUCUGAUUAGCCUGAAGGAGACAUCUCACUCUAACUAGGCUACUCAUAGUACCCUACCUCCCCUGGCCAAUUGGUCUGUCUAGGGAUGGGCACUUAACUUAAAAUGGGUUAGCCAGAACCCUUUUCCAGGAAUUUUGGAAUUAUCAACUGAGAGUGCAUAAGUCAGUUCCUUUCUAGUGGUGGAUUCCAAAAGAUAGGAAGCUCUGGAAUUAGUGAUGGCCAUGUCCUGUUGUAUGGAGUAAGGCAGGCUAUAGAAGGAGAGGGUGAAGCUUACAUGAAGAAAUAAGACCAAUUUGUGGAGUUGUUCAAAUCCUUGCUUCCACUUAUCCCUGACCUACAGCUGUAGAUGUGCCUUUUGCAUUUAUUGGUUGUUCAAACCACAUGAGAUACCCCAGUUCCCUUUAAUAAAUGCUCUUUAUUGCCUAA